ACAGCUGGGAGGGGGGGAUUCCUCCGAGUCACUUUCAAAGUAAGUCCAGCGGCGGUUAAGGUGCUUUUUUUUCAACAGGGAUAGACGUCCGAUCCCACUUCAAAUGGAUUGGAUCGACUGAUUUUAAUUCACAGCAGAAGGAUGAUUUGACGUCUAUCAUCAUCAAUGGCACUGAAAGGGUGCUAAUGUGAGCGCCCGGCCCAGGUUUGUAAAAUGAUCGACACAGGGCCGCCUAGUAUGCCGGCCAGCCCGGAGGAGGCCCCGUGCACCGUCUGCUGCUGCACGCUGACCAACAAGAUCCUGAUGGUGAUCUUCAUGAUCCUCCUGAUUCUGGCCAUACUCUUCGGCAACCUGCUGACUUUGGCGGUCGUCUUGGGAACCAAGCACUUCCGCACCCCGCAGGGCUACCUGAAAGCUUCUCUGGCGGUGGCCGACCUCGCCGUGGGCGCCUUCGUAGUGCCUCUGUCCGUCUACGCCGAGAUCUACCUCAUGGUCGGCGACUCGGCGCCCGAGUGGACGGCAUCCAGCUCGCAGUCGGUGAGCUUCCACCCCUGCACUGUCAUCGGACCAGUCUUCGCCGGGUGCACGCUGGUGUCCAUCACCACCAUCUUUCUAAUGACCAUCGAGCGUAGCAUCGCCGUGUUGAGGCCUCUGCACAAGGACUCGGUCAUCACGCGGAAACGGACCACCAUCCUGAUCGCGCUCUCCUGGCUGGGGAGUUUCUUCCUGGCCGUCUCGCCCUUGCUGUUCAGCCGCGAGAUCGUCCUGGAGUACAACACCUGCAGCCGCAUGUGCAACUACGCCUUGGGGACCAUCGGUCAGUUUCCCAGCCAGGCCUGGAAUAUCCUCCUGCUCUUUCCCGCCUUUGACUUCACCCUGCUAGGCGGAACGGUGGCCAUCAACAUCAUCUCGCUGUCCAGCAUCAGGCAACACUCAAAGCGCAGGAAGCACCUAGCGGAGGCCGAGUGCCAGAAAGCUAGCAAGCCCACCUUCUCCGACAUCAAGGCGGCGAAGACUAUUGGGACACUGACCGUGGCUUUCACCGCCUCUUUCACCCCGAUCGCCGUCUUUGUGGUGGGGAACGUUCUGGGCAACGAGUGGUGCAACUUCUCCUUCUUCGCCUUCUGGAUUUUGGCCACUAACAGUUGCUGCAAUGUGAUUAUUUACAGCGUGCGCGACCAGAAGUUUAGACUGUGUGUGCACAAGUUGCUACUCAGAGACGGCAACAAAAGCUGUAGACAAACUUGAGCUCGUACUGUUUUUGUCUUUGAAUCUGCAUGUCUGUCGCAGGGCCGGCCCAGGCCAUUUGGGGGCCCUAGGCAAAAUAAUGCCAAGGGGCCCAUAUUUUUGGCUCACCAUUUCGUCAAAGUGUACUGUGAAACCCAUAAAUGAAAUCCAACCCAUACGUCCAUAUUUUGUAUAUUAAUCAGAGUUUUCGUUUCUCUGCUCCAGAAGGAUGAAUUCUCUUCAACAUAUUCGUGCAUCUAUUUUCCAAGCAAGUUUGAGCACCAAUCAUCGCAAAGCAGGUUCAACGUCACUCCCCAGGUUGCCAGAUUGUAAUGACAAGAAAAUGGAUGUUAGCAUAUAUAAACAGCAAUGCGCACCACAUUUUUCACGAUGCUUUAUUAACAACCAAUAAAAUGAGGUUGCCAGAUUGGGAGCCCCCUAGUGUUCACGCGCCCUAAGCUGCUGCAUAGUCUGCGUAUAGGCUGGGCCGGCCUUGGUCUGUCGUAAGGACCGAUGAAUUCAUCGUGCAGGAAAUGAACGAACCGAUUAAGUGGAGUUACAGUGAGGACUUGAACUUGAUCGAAGGGUUUGAGCCGCACUGGAUGUUCAGCAGGGCCAGGCCAUUUGGGGGCCCUAAGCAAAAUAAUGCAAAGGGGCCCAUAUUUUUGGCCCACCAUUUUGUCACAGUGUACUGUGAAACCCAUACAUGCAAUCCAAGCCAUAAAUCCAUAUUUUGUAUAUUAAUCAGAUUGUGUUGCACUGCAUACUUCAAACUUUCUCACCCCAAAUAAUUGUCAGUACUUACAGUAGAUAGCGCCAAACCUUUUUCUAAAAGAGGAAAGACAGAAGUUAAGGAAGAACUUAUAUAUUUUUAAGCUUGUAAUCAAGUAUCAAAACUCACAAAAGUCAAAUAAAGCAAACUCUAGUAAACAAAAUAGAAUAUAAAUUAAACAAUUGCCAGAUUGGGGGCCCCCUAGUGGUCAGGGGCCCUAAGCAGCAGCAUAGUCUGCGUAUAGCCUGGGCCGGCCCUGAUGUUCAGCAAAGUUUGUGAUAUGUGCUUGUGUUACACGAAAUUUACGGGUUCGCGGUGAGUCAGUAACAGGCACACUUUUGCAAAAUAGACAAUGUAUAUUAAUGACAGUUGCAGAAUUAAUUAU